UUUCAAAGCGCCGGUUGUAAAAUCUACGUGGAAAUCCACUUCCGGAGAAAGCCAAAAAAUAAUUAUGAACAAUAACAGACAGUCGCCCAUCGAUAAUUCUUACGAAUAUCUUGCAGUACCAGGGACUUCGAAACAACAACCAGAAAAUAAAGUUUAUGUCAGUGGAAAUAAUUAUGUUGAAGAUAAAAAUAAUACUUUCAAAGCGCCGGUUGUAAAAUCUACGUGGAAAUCCACUUCCGGAGAAAGCCAAAAAAUAAUUAUGAACAAUAACAGACAGUCGCCCAUCGAUAAUUCUUACGAAUAUCUUGCAGUACCAGGGACUUCGAAACAACAACCAGAAAAUAAAGUUUAUGUCAGUGGAAAUAAUUAUGUUGAAGGUGAAAAUAAUACUUUGAAAGCUCCGCUUGUCAAAGAACAACAACCACUGCAGCAGCAACAAGGUCAAUAUGAGUAUAAAGAAAUACAAGAAUAUACAGAACAGUUAUUGAAACUAAAACAAGAAUUAAAUAAUGAAAUCACAAAAAAUCCAAUUUUAUGGUGUAACGUUGGCAGUUAUUAUUCAAUUCACUGUCAAAAGAUUCUCAUUACGGUUUCUUCAGAACUUGAAUAUCUUGCAACAAUUCAAAGUAAUAAUUUGAAAUCAAUAAAACUAAUUUGUUAUAACACACACUCAUAAUUUAUUUAAAUUAUUUGCAGAUAUCAAUGAGAUUAACACUAAUUUUGUUAGCAAAAAAAAAACUCGUCUAUUACAACGAUUAAAGAUAGCUUCACAAAUUUUCAUUAUAUUGAAAAAGGCUUACAAUAAAAUUGAUUAUUAUUGUAAACAAUAUGAUGUUGAUUAUAACUAUUAUUGUAUGAAUUACUCAUCGGUUUCUGUAAGUUAUAACUAUAAUGUUAAACACAAUAAAAGAAAACUGUCGAAAGCAUUUAUAAACUCAAUUUGGCAUCGUCGUCAAGUGAUAAAGGUACACGUUUCUUCUAAAUAGUCAAUUUUGAUCAUUUAUUUAACCAAUUCAAAUACUAAUUAUGAAUUUACUUUGUUGAUAAAGAAAGUCAAAGAUAAAGGUGAAGAAAUAAAAAAAUCGAUGGAAGUUCUAAGGCAGACUAUAUCAAAAAUGGAUACCAUGCUCGGAAAGCCACAAGAAAAUUCAAACUAGAAUUUAACUAAGAUUUUCUUAUUAUAUUAUAAUUUUUUUGAAAUUAUUUAAUUUCGUAUUUUACAAGUCUACUAUAGACAGAUCUCCCAAUAAAUAUCUCUACUCAAUUGCAGCUCUAACAAUUAAUAUCACUACCGUAUUGUAUACGUUAUCGAAAAAAUACUCCCAUAUAAUAAUAUCUAAUAACAAUAUAUAUACGUAAGUACUUUUUUCGGUAGGGAUGUGAUAAGAUAGUAAUAUUAUUUGAUAGAGUUGACUCAGGUGGAGUUGUAAUUUUGGUAGACUGGUUUAUAGAAGAGAUAUCAAUAAGGGCUAUUUAAUUACAUGUUAAUCGUUUAAAAAAAUUAGUUUAAUUAUAUACAUAUAUGGAUAUAUUGAAACUUUAUAUAAUGAGUUGUUCACAUUACCUAUAUUAAAACUGAGAGUUUCAAUGCCUGUUUUAUCAGUCGAAACAAGCCAAUUUCAGACCCAUACGAUUUAGCGGUCAGAAACUUAUCAGUUUCUAUCCUUUUGGGAAAAAAUUAAUUAGUGAUUCUGUUCGCUAAAUUUCUUUCCGACUUAAAUUCAUUUCUG